AUGUCAAGGCCAAUCCUGGAGACAGGAACUCUUCCAAAUGCGAAGGUCGGGUCCUAUCCCGCGUCGCAGACCAUCAGUAUGAUGGAGGCUUUUACCGGAGGUAGCAGGCUAGCAGACGUCCACAACUUCCACUACACAAAGCGCAUCGGUAACAUGGCUCACUACCGCGCCUCCGACUUUCAAAUUCUUUGUCUUCUUGGAAUCGGGGACGCUGGGCGCGUAUACCUGGUCAAGCGUAGCUCUGAGAAGGUGCUGAUUCCAACGGGCAGAAACGAGACUGUUUUUGCCCUGAAGGUAUGUAGUCAGCACGAUCUCACCAAGCGCAAUAAGGUUAACCGUUUCUUUACAGAGUUGCACAUUUUAAUGACCUCACGGCACCCGUUCAUAAUGACCCUCCACGCUAGUUUUGCAGACGAAAGGAAUUUCUAUUUAUUGAUGGAAUUCUGCAAUGGAGGUGAGUUCGCUGAGGUCCUCAAGAGGCAGCCCAACCGCUGUUUCCCAGAGUCUACUGUGCAGCAUUACGCAGCCGAAAUACUUACUGCGUUUGAAUACCUUCAUUAUCACGGCAUCAUUUACAGAGAUCUAAAGACGGAAAAUGUUCUUCUACACCACGACGGCCAUAUUAGAUUGACGGACUUCGAUCUAGCUAAAAGACUCACAUUGGGUGCGACGGUGGACCACUAUAAGCCUGUACAGCUAUCUGUCGGCAAAAAGACUACAACGAUCUUUCCAACCGGCUUCCAGGAGACAACGGCGUCUCUGGUUGGCACGCCUGAGUGUCUGCCUCCGGAAGUCCUUCAAGGUGAGCACUCUCAGGCUGCUGAUUGGUGGACUCUCGGAAUUUUCAUAUAUGAGUGCCUCUACGGUGUGACACCCUUCAUGAGCAAGGGCGCGUCUCUAGACACAAUUUCCAAGAAAAUACUCCGAGGAGUGUUCACAUUCCCCGAUGGGCCCUAUAAGGUUAGCAAAAAAUGCAAAGAUCUGAUCAAGAGGUUGCUGGAUAUAAAUCCCAAAACCCGUCUAGGAUCUAAGAUGGGCGCAUCCGAACUGAAGAACCACCCCUUUUUUAAAAAUAUCAAUUUUGCCAUAAUAAACGACCCUCCCACCAUCCCGAACAUCAACCUGAGUAAGGAUCUAGGGAGCGAGGAGUGGGACAUCGAGCUUCUAAAAAGAAACUUCGAGGUUUUCCCUCGAGAGCACCAGCAGAUAGCCCAGGAUUUUGCCGGAACAGGCGCUAUUUUGCCGAAAGAGUGCGAUCAGUUCAUCAAGGGGGUGCUGAGCGCAUACCAGCGGGCAAAGCUUCCUACACAUCCAAAGCAGGUUAUUUUUGACGCGAACGGUGAUAUUGUCAACCUUCAGAGUCACCAUGAGACACUGGUAACUGGUCUGGGAGACAGACGCUGCGGGACAGGAUCGUCCGUGACCGUUUCCGGUGUCAGCGACUUAUCAAAACUGGUGGGGGUUAAGACAGGCUCCUUCCACGAAGGAUCCAUUGCCAAGCUGACAAGUCUCUUCUGUCCCGCCAAUCAACAAGCAAAGAAAGCAAAAAGCAAUCCUAACAGUAUAGAUAAUGACGAGGCGGUAGCAGAGAUAAAAGCCCCGAGCGAACCAGCCAAGUCGAUAUCUGCGCCCUAUUUGGAGAUCCCUGUGCUAGAUGGGCAGUCGUCCGGCACCGCAGGGGUAUCAGCACAGCUCUCCCUAGAUGAGCUGCGCAAGGUCGCUCUCAGUCUGCCAACGCAGAACAUUGUAGACGAAUGCGACUGGAGUUAA